AUGAGGAGCAAGGCCAUGCGAUUGACGAUCGUCCUACCCGUUCUGGUUACCCUUUCGACGUCUACCAUAUCCAUUGCUCAGGAGGCCCUUGCCGUGGACCGUUUCACCAUCGACGUGCCGCAAACCGCCAUCGACGACCUGCAUGCACGCCUCGAGGAGACACGAUUGCCUGAUGCUUUACCCGGUUCGGGCUGGGAUUACGGCACCGAUAUCGGAGCACUUGAAGACCUCAUCCUCUACUGGCGAACCGAGUAUGACUGGCGUGCUGAAGAGACGCGGCUCAAUCGGUUCGAUCACUUCACCGCCGACAUCGAUGGGUUGUCGAUUCACUUCAUCCACACCCGCUCCUCGCGCGAGGAUGCGAUACCGUUGAUCAUGCUGCAUGGCUGGCCGUCUUCCUUCGUGCAGAUGAUCGAUAUCAUUCCCCUGUUGACCGAACCGGAGCAAGGCCCGGCCUUUCACGUCGUCGUACCUUCUUUGCCCGGCUAUGGAUUCUCAGACAUACCCAGCGAACCGGGCAUGAACCCUGUCGCCAUGGCACCGAUCAUGCACCGGCUGAUGACCCAGGGGCUCGGCUAUCGGCGAUAUGGCAUCCGGUCAAGCGAUCUGGGCGCGGGUGUCGCCGGAGGCAUGGCGCUUACGUUUCCCGAUGCGAUCAUCGGCUCGCAUACCGGCGGGACGAACCCUUAUCUGCAGCAGCCCUUGCCGGAUGACUUGUCAGAAGAAGAGCGCGCUUUCGUUCACGCGGCGCAGAGCUGGAACAUGACUGAGAUGGCCUAUGCUUUCCUGCAUUCGUCAAAGCCCCAGACGCUUGCCUAUGCGCUGAACGACUCGCCGGCAGGGCUGGCAUCAUGGCAGUUGGAGAAGUUUCAUCGCUGGGUGGAUCACGACGGCGACCUCUACGAGGUGAUCCCGCGCGACGAGUUGCUCACCAAUCUGACGAUCUACUGGGUCACCGAAACGAUCAAUUCCUCGAUGCGGCUCUAUUAUGAGGCUGCCCGCGCGCAAACCGGCUGGGGCGUGCCGGACGUGCCUGUCGGCUAUCUGAUGCCGGCCAAUGAUUUCUUUCCGACGCCGCGAAGCUGGAUCGAGCGCCAGGGGCCUGUGGCGCACUGGACCGAAGUGGAUGAGGGCGGUCAUUUCAUGGAAUGGGAGCAACCGGAGAUCGUUGCGGCUGAUCUACGCGACUUCUUCAGCGGUCUCGACCUUUGA